AUGGACGACGCCUCGGCGCCGGCAGAGGCGCGACGGUUGAGCAUCGAAAAGGUGCCCAUCGUUCUCGAGGCGCCGCCACCGUUCGACGGCCUACCCGACGAAAUCAUCGAGCAGAUACUCCUCGCGACAGAUCCCAAUGGCUUCGCCUCGCUCAUGACGCUCAACCGCAAGUGGCGGGACGUGUCGCAGCGCCCGCACCUCUACCGAUAUCACCUCGCUCGAUGUCCGACGUAUGCGGCGAACCCGGCCAGCUUGCCAUCUGCUGAUACCGACAACUUGCCUCGUCUGCGACAGCUGUUCGCCAGGGAAAUCAAGCGAAACCUCUUUGCGUCCUACGUCCGGCCGACCGUCACCCUCGUCAAGCUCGUGUCCAAGGCCAUCAGCUCGUCCUCAUGUCCAGGUGGAGAAGGCAUGGGCUUCACCACGUCGCCCAACGGGCAUUACGUGUUGGCGUACAACUCGUCGAGGAUGUACCUGAUCAACGCCUCCGGAUCGAGCAUCGAGAUGAAGCGCGAGUUCAAGAUGCUGCGCCGUCCGGUCUCGGCGUGCGUCUCCAACGACGCCACGCUCUUGGCCGUGCUCUCCACCGAGAUGCAGGUCGACAUUUACGACCUGAAGCAGUCCCCGCCCAAGCGAAAGCAGUCCAUGAUUCUCGACAACAACCCGCGAACCAUUGCGCUGUCGCCCUGCGGCACCGUCCUCACCGCAGCCUACGAUGGCGGCAUCGAGGUCCAGGCGCUCAGCCGGGGAGCGUCUCCCACCGAACGGCGCGCCGUCAAGUGUGAUGCGGUGGAUGCUUUGGCCUUUUCAUUUGACGGCACUCAGAUUCUCGGCACAACGCUUCAUUCGUCUCCACCGAGCACCGUCGUCAUCACUGCGCCGUACUACGACCCUGGUGCCCUGUCAAUGGAGCAGGGAGACGAGAACCUAAGCGCAAUGUGGACCACGUCCAUACUAUUCCCCAAUUCGAGCCGUGACUGCAGCCAUGCCGUGCUGCUGCAGGAUGGGAGCCAAGAGGAGGCCGCUUGGGCGUUUGCAUACGACCGCACCUUUGAGACCUUUCGGGCCGUUCGCAUUGAUGACUUGAGAAAUGGCACCACUCACUUCACCGGGCCAGUGCCCAAGUCAAACUCGCAGGCCAAGUUGCUCCCCUGCACGCUGCCUUCAGCUACCUAUCACGGCGAACUGGUAUCAGCGUGCUUCCACGGCAGCGAGGUUUGGAUAUAUGGCGUGCCCGAGGAUUUGGCCGCAGUGCCUGAAACCUCACUGGCCGCCGACAAUGCAUCUGGUCUCGCUCGGAGGAACAGCGCUCAGAGCCACUCUUCGCGAUCGCCAUCGACAAGGACGCAAGAGGUCGUUCCUCCCACAGACGGCACCGCACGAGUUCCUCAGUGGCAGAUUCUAUGCGAUAAGCUCAGGAACCACUUUGUGGCGGGACACAAGACUGUGGACUUCGUUGGCGUGAACAACGUCAAGUGGGUGUCUGGAUUCGGCGAUGCUUUGCUCAAGGAGCGGCUGAUUGUCACCGCCCCUGGAGUUGUAGGACCAAGGCUCGUCACCGAAGAUGAGGACAUGGACUUCGUUGAUGGCGGAAGAAUUGCUCUGGUGGAUUUUGGAUAUGCCCUUACUGACGGAACCACGACCGAGAUCACCAUUGAGGUUGGGACUGAUGAUGCCGAAGUUCUCGAAGAGGAGCAGCGUGAUAUCGAAACCGAAGUUGCCAUUGUACGGCGGAGGACGGUAGCCCAACGUGGAGGAAGAGGAGUCAGAAGGGGCAGCUUGGUGCGAACGGCAACAAUCGCCGUUACGCCUACGUCUUCCUCUGCUGCGGCUGGCCACAACGCUGUGUCGCCCAUUUCGCCGGCAUCGACGCGGAGCAACGAGGACGAUGACCCACUGGUACCACGGACAAUGGGCCGUAACCCUGCUGCUGAUCAUCGCCCAGCCAUCCGCGAGCCCAUCGUUGACGAGGAGGAGUUCUUGUCGAUAGAAGAACAGGAAGCCAUGGAUGCCCCAUACGCUCAUUCCAGCCCGCGCUCAGGGACAGCUCUGCGUCGAGCGGCCACAGUCGCCGCCGCCAGCCGCCGGCUGAAUCCGCGGACAGCUGAUGGGCGGCCCAUAGAGUACCGUCGAGCCGACGGCAGGAGAGAGCAUCCGCACGAGAGCGAUGCGGAUAACUGGGAACCACCGCCGCCUCCGUAUCAAGCCGAAGAUCCAGGAGACGCGCCCGCUUUUCUUCGCGGCCGCACAGUUCUGGCGACCGUCUCCCUGCCGGGGCAAACACAGCAGUAUCUGGCGCUGCCGGUGCAUGAACAGCAUCCUCCCGCAAACUCUGUCCCACCUCAGCUGCCAAGUCUGGUCAUUCCACCUAGUCUACCGCCUGUCUCGGUUCAUGGGAACAGCAGCAACUAUCAUGAGCAGGGCGGGUCAAGCCACGCCAGGUCCGCGAGCGAUUCAACAAUAGUCAGCAGACUACGACCUGCCGACGAGGUGCAUCCGCCCUUGUCAAGCACAUCUGGUCCGUUGGAUCAUGAGGACAUCUACGACGUAUCCCCCCCAGCUUCGCCCAUGAGGGCUCGAAGCCGGGACAGCCAUUCCAUGGCUGCCUCGCAGGGUUUUGUCACGGCACAACCGACGACGGUAUCAUCAAGCACUUCCAUGGGGGUUUACGAGAGCAGUCCGGCUACGGUAGGCCCCCUGGUGCAUCCCGAAUUCGACUUUGGCUCACCGGGCCUCGGAUUCGAGAGUGCCUCGAGUCCUAUCGGACGAAGGCUGUCCAAUGCGCAGACCUGGCCAUUGGUCUCUCCAUCAUCAUCUGAUGACAGGCACGAAACUGCUUCUGCCUCCACCACGGAAAUCGCCCGCUCAUCCUUGCCACCGGCUCCGAGCUCCGAUCAAAUGGCCAGGCUGAUUCGAAGAGUCAGCCAGGGCAAUCCUGUCAACCUAGCAGGCAGUCUGCACUCGACACAGUACCAGCAGCUUUAUCGACCACAGCCGGUUGCGGGCUCGCUGGCUCCCACGCCAACAAACGCUGCCGAUGCGGACAUUGACCAGCCCCUGAUCAUCAGCACUCCACGCGGCGUAGGCGGUGCCUUUGAUCCCCCGGGACGUAGGGUCUCCCGCCGCGGCGACACACCGAUCGUGGCGCCCGUGCCUAGGCGCCCCCGCGCAACGGGCGGCUCUGCCGCUCCUCCCACGGUAGAGAGGCUGGAGACGAUUUCCACUGGAGGCCCUCAGCCCGUCCAGCAAACCAACCUCGUCUUGCCGACGUGGAUGCGGGGGCCCCCGGCGUCGCCCGGAAGGCAACCGUCAACCGUAAACAGACGGCCGAGUCGGGCCGAGAGGAGCGCGGCAAAGAAUAUGCGUGACGCAAAGAAGCGAGGGUGGACGGCCAAGAAGAAGAAGACGAAGGAGACGCCCAAGCCGACCAUUACGGAGGAAGACCACAACGGCAGCAUCUGGAUGGACAUGGAUGUGCCGCAUGCCAAGGAGCACGACAAGGACAAAAAGUGCAGCGUUAUGUGA